CUUAAGCCUUCUAAUGCGUAUCCAUACCACUUGCUCUUAGUAAAUGUUUUAAAAACAUUUUUUUCAGACUAGUCAAUGAGUUCUAUUGUCACGAAUCCAGUCUGCACUUGCUUGCCCUAGGAUUACUCUUUGUCUUGUCCCUGCCAUACCUGUUUGCCAUUGCUCAACCCUGCCUGUAUUUAUGACCAUGCCUAUUAGCCACAGCCAUAUCACCCUGCAGCCCAAGACCGGUUGCCCAUGGAAGCUAAGCAGGGCUGAGCCUGGUCAGUACCUGGAUGGGAGACCUCCUGGGAAAACUAGGUUGCUGUUGGAAGAGGUGUUAGUGAGGCCAGCAGGGGGUGCUCACCCUGCAGUCUGUGUGGGUCCUAAUGCCCCAGUAUAGUGAUGGGGACACUAUACUGUAAAAAAAAAAGCACCGUCUUUCGGAUGAGACGUUAAACCGAGGUCCUGACUCUCUGUGGUCAUUAAAAAUCCCAUGACACUCAUCGUAAAGAGUAGGGGUGUAACCCUGGUGUCCUGGCCAAAUUCCCUCCACUGGCCCUUGUCUAUCAUGGCUUCCCAAUAAUCCCCAUCCACUUGAUUGGCUCUAUGACACUCUCUCCUCUCCACCUGUAGCUGGUGUGUGGUGAGCGCACUGGCGCCAUUGUCCUGUGGAUGCUGCACACUGGUGGUGGUUGAGAAGAGACCCCCCACAUGAUUGUAAAGCGCUUUGGGUGUAUUGCAAUACACAUUAAAGCGCUAUAUAAAUGCCUCAUUCAUUCAUUCAUUCAUCAAUAAAAGCUUGCACUUGGAUCCGAAAGUCUCACGUCUCGUCAGCCCCGUUACAUCUAUUGAAUCACUUUUAAUACCGUUGAUGCAUGGUGUCCACUACAGUUGGACACUACACUAACUCCCUCAAAAUAAAAUAUAUUGGGGGGAAAAUUACACUUCUUUAAAAAUAAAAACAAACAUUAAAAAAAUAUAUAUUACCUUGUGAUUUAAUAAUUCAUGCAUGAAAUGGUUAAAAUAUCAAUUAGGGCAUAUUUUGAAAGAGAGCUUUAAUGUGCAUAUGAAAACUUAUAAAUCAAUAAGAAGCUUCUUUUCAAAUGCACGACAUUUAUGAAAACUGAGACCAAAUUGGACAAAUGGGCUCAUUAGAUGUGAGAGGGAUCAGCACUACAGGCUCUUAGUCAGCAUGUUAGCCGAUAAGAUUCAUUCUGCUAAUUAUGUUUGAAUGUUAAAGCCAGUGAUGCCAGAUUGUACAAUAACAGGCUGAGGAGAGCUAUUCUUUAUCGCAUUCUCACUUUAAGAAAAAAAAAAAAAAAAGAUUUGGUUUGGUUGCGGGUAACAUAAUUAGUCAGACCAACCGACUUGUGAAACUGACAAAGAACUAUGAAAAAAGCAGCACAAAUUUCCAACACUGAUCAUUAGAAAAUGAAAAGCACCAAAUCAGCAAAUUAGAAUGAUUUCUGAAAGAUCACGUGACACUGAAGACUGCUGAAAAUUCAAAAAAAAUUAAAAUAGAAAAAAAUAGAAAACUAAAUGGUAAUACUAUUUCACAAUAUUGUUUUUACUGUAGUUUUGUUUAAAUAAAUGCAUGCUGCUUUCAAAUACAUAAAAAAAUCUUACCAACCCCAAACUUUUUAUCAGUAGUGUACUGUAUCAGACUCAAAUUAUAUAUAAUACUUAUCAAUAUCAAUAUUUAAUGCCAUUACGUAAUAAUAGCUUUAAUAUUUUUCAACAAAAUUAAAAUCCAGCCUAUCAUCAUUUCUAAAUUAAUGUAUUUCUUAGGAAGCUUUUCACUCCAAGUGUAAUAAAUAUGAUCAGUGCACAUUAAAAGAAAACAUCAAAGUGAAUAUUAUAACCAAAAAUGCAUUUUGUUUUAUAGACAGAUAUUGUUUAACAGUUGGGAGAAGUCGUGUAAUGCCAUAACCAAACACAAACUGCAGUAUUUUUUUUCUUAUAUAUUUAUUGUAAAUAUUUGAACAAUUGUGAUGUCUUAAAGAACCAUUUUAAAAUGGAAGCAUAAAGGAAAGAAGUUAUUACAUCUAAAAGUGAAAUGUAAAUGUCACUGAUGAAAUUGUACAUACGGUACACUGGUUGUAAACCAAUAAAUGGCUCUCAGUGGUGCAGGAAAUCUGUCUGUGGAAACACUCACCCAGUCCUUCACAGGAAAGAAUGUUUUUUUGUGAGCUGCUGAAACAGAUAAAAGGAGGUUGAGAAAGAUACUCCAAGUGUGUAUCUGACAAAAUUUUCACACAACUAAACACAGCCUAAAGUAAAAAGUAAAGUAAGCCAUAAGUAUAUAUGUAAUUACAAUCACCACAUUACCAAACUAGAGAGGAAUCACAUGGGCUACGACGACCAGAAAGACCUGAAUGAGAUAAUAUGCAUUUAACACAUAUUAAAUGGUUUUAAACGAUCCAUGUUUUCAAAUAUAAGCAAACAGAACAUUUUAACAUAUUCAUAAAACCAAAUCACUUGAAAAUGCUACGAUAAGUGUCCAUUAAACAGUUUUAAAGAUAUCUGAAUUGAACACAUGUUUGUUUGGAACAAUCUACUCAGAUGUUUGAUGUGACCACAGAUGGUAUCAGCGUGAGUGCAUAUGAACUUCAUGAUCUUUGUGCAGAUUCAGCUGAUUUUGUGAACCUCAUGAGGGCCUGGUUGAGAAAAAAAUGGUAUUUAAAUUAUCGCAGCUUAUAUGGUGCACUGGUCAAUACAUGAUCUUAUCGGUUCAUGGUUGCUACUUGUGGCAAUCAUUUUCUAAAACCAAAAGCCGUGUUUUCUUGCAUUUAGAUAAGUUAUGUGACAUCCUUUCCAGUAUUGAAGGCUUGGAGUGGCACUGUUAUCAUUAGCUAAAAUUAAAAUUAAAAUCUAGUAUUUAUUUCUUUUUAUCUAUAUUUUAUUUAUUUAUUUAACAUUUCACAUUUUUAUUUAAUUUAGCGAAGUACUAAAAUGACUAAAACUUAAUAAAGUACAACUUAAUAAAAACAUUUUAAAAUAAAUGAUGAAAGGAAAAAAUGUGCAACAAAAUUACCAAACCUUUUACUAAAAUUAAAAUUUUUAAAAUAUAAAAAAUAAAAUUUCAUUCAAAAUAUUAGCAAAAACUAUAAUAGUAUAUAAAUGAUAGGCCACUAAAAUAAAAUUAAUUGUCAAUUUAUUUAUUUUUAAAAAUUAUUUCAAAUAAAAAUAUAUAAAUACAGGCUUCAGACUGAUGAAUUAAUGGUCAUAUUUUUCAUUUUUGAAAAUGUAGAUAUUUGUAAUAAAACUGCAUUAAAAACCCGCUGAAUUGCAUUUAAAACUUACUACCACAAAUGUUAUGUUACCACCACCAGAGGUCAAUAUUACUUCAAUUCUGACCGUUUUCUGCAACUCUACUUGUGUACGUUACCACAAUGCAUGCAAGUUUCCUGUUGUUUGUUUGUUAUCUGCAUUUGUUUAAAUGGCUAUUAAUUACAGAUAAUCACUUCUGAACACAAAAGGUGGACUUAACAUUUACAGCGAAUCUCUCUUUUGAGACUAGCAGCAGAUUGUGCCCAAACAACUCAUCAUUGCAAGAAUAGAGAUAACGAUUUGGAUAGAGGGGACUUUCUGCCGACUUGCACACUGAUCAGCACAGGAAAUCUUCAACCCUUCAGGUUGCUGCCAAUUUUUUUCUCUAACCACUAUGUAACUGCCUCUGAACCCAGUGCGUGAUAAACAUUACAAGGUAAAUCUGGGACCACAUCAAUAGCUAGUCCUUUCAAAAACAAAAGUACAAUGACUGUACACAUGCCAACAGAUGUCUUGAGUAAUAUAUGUCCUAAAAAAUAUUUUAAAGGAAUCUGAAACUGAAAAAUCACAUUGAUAAAUUCUAAUUAAAUAUGCAUGUUGUUAGUACACAACUGAAUCACUGGAGUUCACUUUGAAAUGAUUUGUUCAUGUUUCUGUUCAUUCACCUGCCUUAAGGCGCAAUUACAUUUUCCGUUGUUUCGUGGGCGAAAAUCCAGUCAUUCUGAAAGGGUUCUACAUUCUGAAAAAAAAAUCACACCUCAGUUUCAUAAUAAGCUCAAAUCGGCCACAUGGAUUCACCGCGUUGACCAAACAGACUGUCGUGUGAGCGGUGUUCAUUCCUCACAACACAGUUUCCAUCAAAAUGUCCUGUUACCGCACCAUUUUACAGUAUUUAUUUCUAUUACAUUUGUUGUGACCAUUCGAAUCCUGUCUUGUUCUUAUAUCUGUUAGAGGAAAAAAGUUCAUUUAGUAUAAAAAAAAUUGUUUUUUAUACUAAACACCAGGAAACCACAGUAGCUCGGAAGACUUCUCAAAUAGGUUCUGCACCUUUCACACUCUUAUUCUUCAGUUUGUUGCACAGUUGAAUUACAAAAAUCUCACCAACCUAGUGGUACAACAUUUUUCUCACUACUUUUUUAGACUGUGUGCAUUUAGUUUUUCUAAGUUUAGUCUUGCUAAGAGGAACUGAUCUCAUAAGAAACAUUUGUGAUAAGAUUCUCACAUCAAUCGUUGAGGAAGAACAGCUUUUUAGAAAGUAACUACACUCAUGACCCAGUUAGCAAUAAAGCAAGUCCUUCUAACUAUCUAUAUUGACAUGAUGGAAAUAAAAACUCAGUAAUUUACAUUUCAGAACUGGAAGUUUAAGAAAAUGUGCCUCUUUGUGAUCUAUUUAAACGUUUUAAGGAAAUAGAGAGAAAGAGAGAGCCUGUUAUUGCAGUUUGUGGUUUCUAAGCAUGUGACACGCUAGGUUGUCUAAUUUGCCCAUCACUUGUGCACAGAUGGCAAGCAGCACAGAGAUGGCACUCUCUGAUGUUACAGUGAGCUCCACAAGCGAUGACUAUACUCAUUUUCUUUCAAUGAAUUCCACAGAUGACUACUUCUACAUUCCUGUCGAGAGUGAUUCAGUACUGCCCCUGUCCAGUAUCUACAUUCCUGUGCUGUACUUCAUCAUGUUCCUCACUGGCUUCUUGGGGAACCUGUUCGUCAUUGUGGUCAUCGGCAGGCGGCGUAAGAAAAACGGACGUCUUGUGGACACCUUCGUGAUAAACCUGGCAUUGGCCGACCUUGUGUUUGUCUUCACAUUGCCACUGUGGGCGAUUUCGGACAGUUUUGGUGAGUGGCACUUCGGUGAGGCCAUGUGCAAGAUCAGCAGCUUCAUCAUUGCGGUCAACCGAUUUUCCAAUAUCUUCUUCCUCACCUGCAUGAGUGUAGACCGAUACCUGGCUGUGGUGCGUCUGAUGGACUCUCAGUUUCUGCGAAGCAGCAACUGUGCGCAGAUCACCUGUGGCGUCGUGUGGAUCAUUUCUUUCUUCCUGGGAAUCCCAUCAUUGGUGUACCGUCGACUGUCAGAUGAUAUGUUGUGUUCGGAGGAUUCGAAAUCCUCUUUUGUCCAAGGAAUGAAUCUCCUGACCAUAUUUCUAACCUUCCUGCUCCCUGUACUGAUUCUCUGCCUCUGUUAUGGGUCAAUUUUGGUUAACCUGCGGCGUCACUGUCAUACUGCCGCAAACUCACGUGCAGAAGCCAGGCGCCGACAUUCGCUGAAGAUUGUGUUUGCCAUAAUUGCGGCUUUUCUGAUCUCUUGGCUACCUUUCAAUUUUUUCAAGACCAUGCAGGUCAUCUUACUGAUGAGCACGGGAGAUCUUAGCGGGGAAACAAAGGUGGUCAUAGUUAAUGGACUCAUGCUGUCCUGCUGCCUGGCAUUUCUCAACAGUUGUGUAAAUCCAGCCAUCUACUUCUUUUUGGAUCAGCAUUUCAGGCACAGAGCUUCGAUGCUGUGUUUGAGCUGCCUGGGUCAGGGAGACCAAAGCUACAUUUCCUCAAAUUCUCUCUCUAAUGGCACAUCUGAGACUUAUUCUGGAAAUACCGGUACAUCAACCCGCGGGCGGCUUUUCUCUCUUUCUCUGAAGGAGUGAAAGCUGCUUUUCAGUUUGCUUUUUUCAGAAUGCUCUCUUUCUUGAUCAGUGAAAUUAUCAAAUAAAGCUUUUAUAUAUAAAAUAAAAUAUAUUAAAAUAUAUUAAGAUAUUUAGUUUUAAGCAUUUGGUAAAAUGAGAUAUUAAUUACUUAGAGCAUUUAAUAUGAAUAUUGCAUAUAUUUGAACUUUUUUUGAGUAAUGUUCUAUACAUUUGUAUAUUUAAUUUCCUACAUAAAAAUAGAUUAUGUAUGGGUGAACAUCACUUAUUGUACAAUUGAUAAUCUAGAAAACAUCAUUAAUCUACUCGGUGACUGUAUAACAAUUUAGUGACCAUCGUGAAUAUUCACAAUUUAUUAAGUUUGAACUCUUCCUAGAUUAAAAUAAAAGGUUUCUUUUGUAUACUUGUCUGUGUAUGAUGUGUAAUUAAAUAAUGCUUAUAUUUUUGCAUUUGUUUUCUAUAAUUGUGACCUGGGAUGACAAAACCAGUCUUAAUUUUUAGUGUCAAUUUUUCAAAAUUGAGAUUUAUACAUAAUCUGAAAGCUGAAUAAAUAAGCUUUCCAUUGAUGUAUGGUUUGUUAGGAUCGGACAAUAUUUGGCCGAGAUACAACUAUUUGAAAAUCUGGAAUCUGAGGGUGCAAAAAAAUCAAAAUAUUGAGAAAAUCGCCUUUAAAGUUGUCCAAAUGAAGUUCUUAGCAAUGCAUAAUACUAAUCAAAAAUUAAGUUUUGAUACAUUUACAGUAAGAAAUUUACAAAAUCUCUUCAUGGAACAUGAUCUUUACUUAAUAUCCUAAUGAUUUUUGGCAUAAAAGAAAAAUCAAUAAUUUUGACCCACACAAUGUAUUUUUGGCUAUUGCUACAAAUAUACCCCAGCGACUUAAGACUGGUUUUGUGGUCUACACGUAAAAAUAUAUUGUGUAUUGGUGAACAUAUUACUUAGUGUAAUGAAUUGCAAGCAAUGCAAGCAUUUGUAUAGGCGUACGUACAUAUUUUGACAGUAAUCUCGAAAGUAUCAUCUACAUUCUCAUUUUAUAGUAAUUUAGUGACAACCAUGAAUAUUCACUAUUUAUUUUGUUUAUACUAUUCCUAGAUAUAGCUUUCAAAUAAAUGGUUUCUUUCUUAUAUUUGCUUGUAUAUGUAUGCUGUGUAAUAAAAUAUCUUA